AUGAGCUUUUUGGACGGUUAUAGCGGCUAUCAUCAGAUACCACUGUUCGGUCCGGAUCAAGAAAAGACAGCAUUUAUCACUCCGAGAGGAACUUACUGCUACAAAGUGAUACCGUUCGGCCUCAAGAAUGCCGGGGCAACCUACCAACGGAUGAUCACUCGGAUGUUCAAAGACCAACUCGGGAAAACCAUGGAAGCUUAUAUAGAUGAUAUGGUAGUAAAGAGCAAGUUCGCUACAGACCACCUUACAGACUUGAGAGAAGUUUUUGGCAUCUUGAAAAACCAUCAACUUCGCCUCAAUGCCUCGAAAUGCGCUUUCGGGGUAGGAACAGGGAAGUUCUUGGGAUAUAUGGUCACUCACAGAGGAAUCGAGGCGAAUCCGGACCAAAUAAAAGCAAUACAAGAUCUUGAAGUACUAACAAAGGCUAAAGAGCUGCAGAAACUGGCUGGCAUGGCGGCCGCACUGAAUCAGUUCAUCAGCAAAUCUUCAGAUCGGAUGAAGCCCUUCUUCCAGCUUUUGAGGAAAAUGGCAGAAUUUGAAUGGAGUUGCGAGUGUAUCGAAGCACUGCAAAGUCUCAAAAGAUACCUCAGCAUACCUCCUCUUCUAUCCACUCCAGAACCAGGAGAGGAGCUCAAGACUUUACUAGAUGCCGAGACACGGUAUCUACCAUUGGAAAAGUUAGCUUACGUCCUGCUUAUCGCCUCGAGGAAGCUACAGCAUUACUUCCAGGGGCAUACCAUCAAUGUCCUCACUGAAUUCCCCCUCAGAUCUGUAUUUAGCCGGGCCGAUUUCUCUGGUCGAAUAGCAAAAUGGGCGGUAGAACUUGGCGAGUUUGACAUUCGGUAUCAACCCGGGACAGCAAUUAAGGCCCAGGUCUUAGCAGAUUUCGUCGUAGAAUUUGCUCCCACCCAGAGUACCGAACCAAGGAAUCCUAGUUUGGCACAGGUGCCACGUAUCACCGAACAAGGAAAGCCCUGCGCUUCGGAAGCCUGGAAACUCUUCAUUGGAAACAUCUUCCAGCUCUAUGUUGACGGGUCGUUCAAUAAUCGAGGUUCGGGGACAGGAGUAGUACUUAUCUCACCAGAAGGAUUUAUCUGGGAACAGACUCUCAGGCUCGGUUGGAAGGCUUCGAACAACGAGGCAGAGUACGAAGCGUUGUUGGUUGGCUUACGCAGUGCCGAACACUUCAGUGCAGAGCAGCUUCUUGUUUUCAGCGAUUCACAGCUAGUGGUAAACCAGCUUUCUGGGGUCUUUGAAACGCAGGAUGAAAGAAUGGCCAUGUACGCAGGCAAGGCCAAAGACUUACUCAAAAAUUUUCAAUCCAUACGAGUGGAACGAAUUAGUCGGGACAAAAACAGCCAUGCUGAUGCUUUGGUUUGUCUUGACUCAUCAGUGGAUACUAAAGAUGCCAGAAAAGUUUGGGUUGAGUUCGUGCCAGAACCAAGCAUUGCAUCUCCAGUCCUCUGCAGCAGCUUAGAGUCGAGCUGGAUGGGUCCAAUACUUGCUUUUCUAAAAUCUGGUACUCUCCCCGAAGACAAAAAGGAAGCUAACAAAGUCAGACAUAAGUCAGCUCGGUUUUGUAUCUCACCAUCCGGGAAGCUGUACAGACGCUCCUCUCUUGGCCCUUAUCUUCUAUGCGUGCAUCCAAAUCUGGUCGAGAAUGUUCUCUACGAAAUUCACGAUGGGAUUUGUGGAUGCCACGGUUUGGAUAUUAUCGGACCAUUGGCGCGAGGCACUGGGAACAGGCGAUUCUUCAUUGCUGCAACCGACUAUUUUACUAAGUGGGUUGAAGUCGAGGCAUUGGCAAGUCUCAAAGAAGCGGAUACAAAGUGGUUUGUCAUGAGAAACGUGGUGGUGCGUUUCGACAUCCCGCGGGUACUGAUUGCGGAUAAUGGAACGCAGUUCGAAGGUAAGAUCUUCAGAAAGUUUUGUGCCGACCUCAGGAUCGAGUAUAGGAACUCUUCUCCAGGGUACCCGCAAAGCAAUGGACAGGCAGAAGCGUCAAACAAAACCAUCAUCAACGGAGUAAAGAAGCGGCUUGAGCAUGCCAAGGGAAAAUGGGUUGAAGAGUUACCCCACGUGCUAUGGGCAUACCGAACCACAGCACGGCGCUCAACGGGGGAAACACCUUACUCCCUAACUUAUGGAAUGGAGGCCGUCAUCCCAGUCGAAGUAGUUCUCCCAAGCCUUCGGUUUGAAUUAUUUGAGAACACCAGUAAUGAGGAAGCUAUUGCACAAACACUGGAUAUGGCAGAGGGCCGAAGAGAAGCAGCACUGACUAGACUUGUAGGGUACCAGCAGCAGCUCAUCAAGAGUUUCAACCAAAAAGUUUUUCCAAGGCAAUUUACACCAGGAGAACUGGUUUUGAGGAAAGUUAUGGAUCACAAAAGGGUGCUUGGCGAGGGGAAACUUGGGCCUAACUGGGAGGGUCCCUACAAAGUCACAGUUAUUGUUAGAAAUGGAGUUUACUACCUAAAGGAUCUGAAAGGCAGAGCUAUACCUCGGCCCUAG